AGAACAUACUGCUGAGUUCAGCUCGCGUCGCACCGUCCAUCGUCCGCCCAUCCUUUGCGCGAUGGGCCAGCCGGAAAUACAAAGGCGGGGGGGGUUUUGGGAGGGAUAUGCAAAGCGAGGAGGGGACGAGAGGAUCAAGACGAAGACGAGGUGGAGUGGGAAAACAAGGGCCUGUGAUUUGUGGCUAUUGAAGUCAUCGCCACUCCGGCCGGCCGUAGUCGCCGAUGUAUAGGGAAUUCCAACGCCCCUGUUCAUCAGGGCGGCGUCUCCGGCACUUCGGGACCCUGACCAAGGAGUGCAUUUUGGUCGGCGAUCGGAGCCGAUGGGGUUCCGCGGGCAAAUCGAGAACAAAAAUUAAGGGCACACCCACUACCUUAGAUGAGACGCGCCCACGCAACCGUCACCGGGCUUCCGCGUCUCGACGGCCCCCUUACCGGGAGUGGCCAGGGGAAUAUUUCCAUGGGAGGAGGAAUACGGUUGGAAUUUGCAACUACAGCAAAUCUGACAAACUAUCAACAAUGGCAUUCCCAAGGUCAACCGGAUCCCCGAAUCCCAAAUCUCCAUUCCAGUUGCAAAUCUUUCAACCUCCCUCUGCAAGGAAAUCCCACAAGCAGGGAGCCGCCCUGGGCCGCAAGCUAUCGAGCGCAACACAAAAGACAACGCCUGCGCCAGCCCGUAUCAGAAAAUGACAGGUCACCCUUGUACACGAACAUCGGCUGACAGACGGCCCCGGUCGUGUUUGACGUUGAUUACCGGCUCGUGGGGAA